UCUUGUCCACAACAAGAAACACAAACAAACCCAUCAAAAUGUGCAAACUGAUCAUCCUCGCUGCUCUCUUCGCCGUCGCGGCUGCUAAGCCCGGUAUCCACUCAGUGGCCUACUCUGCACCUCUGGUAGCGGCACCAGUGGCAGCCGCCUACACUGCCCCAGUAGCAGCAGCUUAUGCUGCCCCAGUGGCUGCCGCUUACACCGCCCCCGUGGCUGCUGCCUACACUGCUCCCGUAGCUGCUGCGUACACUGCCUACCCCAGCCCCUACGCCGCAGCCUACACUGCGUCAGUCGCUGCCUACAAUGCCUACUCCGCUCCUCUAGUCGCCGCUGCCUACAAAGCCCCAGUCCUGCUCAAGUGAAAACCUACCUCCAACAAAUCUAAGCCUGUAAAAAUGUAAAUACGAAUAAGUAGCAACAUGACAAUUUAAAAUUUACUCCGGAUUUUUCUUCCCAUCC